AUGUUAGAUCAUCGACAAAUACCCGACUCCGUGGAUCCUGGAAUGGGCUCAGCUCUCUCUCCCUUUCUCCACUUUAUUUUCGGACUGAUCGAACGCAGUGGGGGCCUGGAGGCAACCCGGAGUGUACUGCAUGAGCUUUCUGUGGAGAUUAUGAGGCAGUUUGAGAUGUAUGAAAGCAUGACGAAGGUGAAGAAUUGGUUGUUGGCGGGUAUUCUGGCCAAGCUGCAGAAUGACUUCUCUACUCGAAAAACUGAGAGUAAGAAAGAGGAUACGUUGGAGAAGGUGUUGCGUGUGUGGGGUGGCUAUCGGGAUGAGGCGUGGAGGGAUGUUCCGAACUGA